CAGCAAGGUACAGCGUGCCCAGCUUAGCGCGUUCGACAUCGAUUCACCUGCUUCGAACGAAGCGAGCGUUGAGGCAUGACUUCCUCGCCCUGCCAUGUUGCUCGCCAUCCCCGGCUGAGGAGCACACGCCUUCUCUGCUUUCCUCGCCUAACUCAGCUUCUCUUUAUUCUCGUCUUCGUCUCGCCGCGCGUCGCCAGUUCGCGUUGCGCAGCGCAUUACCAACACCCUCUAUUCUACGCUACGCUACGCAGCGCAGUGAGUGCGAACGCCGAGACGGAAGAUGAGCAUCCUCGAGUCGAGAGAAUUGGGUGGCGCGCCCUCCCCGCGCAGCUUUGCCAUUGCGCACCAGCGGCCGAGAAACAGUUUCGUUGGAUGUUCGCGGAUUUCCGACUAUGAGGUCCUGGGCAAGCUCGGCGAGGGAACCUUUGGAGAGGUCCAUCGCGCGAGAUCGAAGAGGACCGGCGCCCUGGUGGCACUGAAGAAGAUCAUCAUGCACAACGAGAAAGAUGGCUUCCCGAUAACGGCCCUCCGAGAAAUCAAGCUGUUGAAGCUUCUCUCGCACAAGAACAUCCUCCGCCUCGAAGACAUGGCGGUGGAACACCCGGCUCGGAGCUCCGACAAGCGCAAGAGGCCCAUCAUGUACAUGGUCACGCCAUAUAUGGACCAUGAUCUCUCGGGCCUGCUCGACAACCCUUCGGUCCACUUCACCGAACCGCAGAUCAAGUGCUACAUGCUCCAGCUGCUUGAAGGCCUCAAGUAUCUGCACGAGAAUCACAUCCUGCACAGGGAUAUGAAGGCCGCCAACCUCCUGAUAAACAACAAGGGCAUUCUCCAGAUCGCCGAUUUUGGUCUCGCUAGGCAUUACGAUGGAGAAGUGCCCAGACCGGGCCGGGGUGGCGGGGAGGGGCGCCGUGAUUAUACCAGCUUGGUGGUGACCCGCUGGUACAGACCGCCGGAGCUCUUAAUGCACCUGAAACGGUACACCACGGCCAUCGAUAUGUGGGGUGUUGGCUGCGUGUUUGGCGAAAUGCUCGUCGGCAAGCCGAUUCUUGCGGGAGAGAGCGACGGCCACCAGCUGGAGAUCAUCUUUGACCUGUGUGGGACACCCACAGACGAAAACAUGCCUGGCUGGCGCUCGCUGCCGGGCGCCGAGACCUUGCAACCCCGGCCGCGGCAGGGCAACCUGUCCCAGAGGUUCAGGGAGUACGGCUCCGGCGCUGUCUCACUUCUGAGAGAGCUGCUCAAGCUUGACUGGCGAAGCCGCAUCAACGCGAUCGACGCCCUCCAGCAUCCCUAUUUCCGUUCAGCGCCGUUCCCUGCAAAGCCCAACGAGUUGCCCUCCUAUGAAGAAAGCCACGAGCUCGACCGACGCAAGUUUCACGACAGAAGAGCGGCGCUACCUCCCGCCCCGAAAGGCGGCACCGUCGGCCGCGGUCCCCACGAUGGGCCCAACGCGUCCUUCGGCUGCGACGGGUUCAAUGGCAGGAACGGGGUCAACGGGGGCAGCCGCUAUCCGCGCAACAGCCGGGGCCCGGAGGAGCGGGUACCAGCCUGGCACCGGGACCGCGGCCUGCCCCCCCGCCCACCUCCGCCGGCCGACGAUUACCAGGACGGCUACCGCGACGGUCGAGACCGGGGCGGCGGUGGGAGACCGCGUGGGCCGGGCGGUGGCCGCCCGGAUAUCGACACGUACAUCCCCAGCUAUGACCGCGAUCCGCCCAGGAGGGAUGACCGGCGGCGCAGGGACGACAGGGACGAUAGACGGCAUGACUGGGACCGGCGGCGACCCGACUACGACGACCGAGGUCGCAACAGCCGGACGAGGAGUAGGAGUCGGUCGCCCAUCCGCGAUUGGGAGAGGGAUCGUGAUCGGGACAGGGACCGAGACCGAGACCGCGACGCGUACCGCAGGUAGUACCGGACGUUCUUGGGUCUCCGGUAGACGAGGAGAUUGUGCUGUUGGGUGAGCGAGCGAAUCCGCGGCUAGCCUGGCUGUUCUGCGAUUGCUUGUGUUCAGGGGCGGGCCUGGCUGAUGGUGGUAUAGGGCAAAGGCGUUUGGGACUUGAUACGGGAUGGACUCCAGUCUGCGCCUCCGGUGCAGGAAGGGUCGUUGUUUUAGGCUGGCAGGGGAUGGCUUCGGUAGAAUCACUGCGAAAGAAACGCUCAAAUGAUCCAAAUGAGACAUACUCU